AUGCAUUUCUCAAAGCCAGUAUUUGUGGCCUUUGCCGCGGUCGCCUCCGCUCAAGAUAUUGGUUCAAUAGUCAGCUCAGCACUAUCAGUUGCCACUUCAGCAAUCGGAGACGGAACAUCUGUUGCAGGAAGUGUCAUCUCUGAUGCAGCUUCGGUGAUAUCUUCAGUCGCCAGCAGUGUCCCAACCCAAGUGGAGUCAGCAGUCUCAUCCGCCCUGUCGGACGCCGCUUCUAUCGAAUCUUCCGCCGAAUCUCUAGCUUCAAGCCUCGCCUCAAGUGCUGCCAGCGAAGCUCCCUCCGUGAGGAGCAGUGUCGACAGCCAGAUCAGCAGCAUUCUUUCUAGUGCACGCUCGGCCGAGUCAAGCGCCGUGAGCGUUGCAAACUCGGCUGCGUCUUCAUUCAUCUCGUCACGGACAGCCGCUGCCGGUAGUGCAAGUUCUGCCGCGGCGACUGCAACCAGCACCAGCACAUCUUCAACCGGCAACGGAGCUGCAGGCACCUAUGUGGUUCCAGCUGCGGGUAUGAUGGGAGGUCUUCUCUUGGCUCUUGUUGCAUUCUUGUAA